AUGGUUGGGAAGCUUAUCUAUCUCACCAUUACAAAACCAAACAUCUGUUUUGCUAUAAACCAAGUCAGCCAGCAUAUGCAAGCACCAAAGGUUCAUCAUUGGAAUAUGGAGGAAAGGAUCAUGAGAUACCUAAGGGAGGCUCCGGGUCAAGGUGUUUGGAUGGGUUGCAACAAGAGCACAGAGAUUGUGGGAUAUUGUGAUGCAGAUUGGGCUGGUGAUAGAGUGGAUAUGAGGUCUACUACAGGUUAUUGCACCUUCAUCGGAGGCAAUCUAGUUACGUGGAAAAGCAAGAAGCAAAAGGUGGUAUCAUGUUCAACUGCUGAGGCAGAAUAUAGAGCAAUGAGGAAACUGACAAUUGAGCUCAUUUGGAUCAGAAACUUGCUAAGAGACUUGGGCAUAGAGACAUCAACACCAAUUACCAUGCACUGUGAUAACCAGGCGGUCAUUCAUAUAGCUUUAAACUCAGUGUUUCAUGAAAGGACAAAGCACAUUGAAGUGGAGUGUCACAAGGUGAGAUAA